AAGGUAACGUAAAACCUAAUACCGGAGCUUAUUCCAAAACUAAUCGAAAACAAUGACUAGGCAAACGCAGUCAUCAGGCUGGCGGACAGGAUGUGGUCCGUUAUUGGGAUAUGGACAUCGAAGAAGAUGAUGAAGAUGCCCAUCCUUCCCACCCUAAACAAGCACGAAUGUCGGAAUUGGCAUCUUCAUAUAGGUCUUCUUUACAGUCGGCAGUGACACGAGCCGGCGAUUGGUCAAUCGCGAACGAACAACGGAUCAAUCGUGAUGACGAUGAAGAAGACGAGGACAGCCAAGCGCCGACAACAAGCCGACAAAAAUUCACGAAAGAACGAUCCUCGACACAGGGGCACAGGCGGGCUUGAUUACAGUGGCAAGCGCAAAGGCUAAUGCCUUGCCACUAAGGCCGUGUUCGAGAUACAUGAACGGAAUUGGUGGAAUAAGCUCGUUUACAAGAAAAAUCCAAGCUUUCAUAUUGCCCUGGUUUGAAAGUGAUUUUAGAUUAAGAACAGAAUUAUUUGUAAGUAACGAAUUCGGAGGCACACAACCGUGGAUUAAUUUGAGCGUUUUAAGGCCGAUUGACGACAGGCUAACAUUGGCCGAUAUGAACUUUGACAUCCCCGCACCUGUGGAUAUAUUGCUGGCUGCAGAUGUGUGGGGUGACAUCAUAGGCUCGAUGCUAUAUCAGCAUCCAACUGGCGCUGUUAUGCACGAAACAGCGCUAGGCCAUGUGAUUUUAGGCGGAACUUGGGUACCACCAGAGGCUUUUGGUACGGCGGCAUACCAAGCCAUGAUCGCACACGCCGAAGAAGAGCGACCAAACGAAGAGGCAUUAGACGAACUAUUGAAGAAAUUUUUCGAAAGUGAAGGCAUUGCAGAGCUUAGUUCUACACUAACGGCUGAAGAAAAGGCGGCUGAAGAUUCAUAUACGGCCGAUAUGUUUCGAAAGCAAAGUGGUCGAUUUGUGGUUAAAAUACCACUGAAACCAGGCAAAACGUUAGGCGAAUCAAGAAAGAUUGUAAUGCGUAGAUUUUUCGCCCUUGAACGGAGGCUGCAGAGAGAUGACAAUUUGAGAUUGAAAUACGUUCAUUUUAUGCGCGAACUUGAACAAUUAGGCCACAUGAGAAAAGCUCCGAAACCAUCGAUAGGCGAUGUUACGUAUUAUAUACCGCAUCACGCCAUCAAUGCUGAUAAGUUCCGAACGGUAUUUGAUGCAUCAUGUAGAACGUCAAAUGGAGAAUCGCUGAACUCAAUUCAGUUAAUAGGCCCGAAGCUACAAGCUGAUUUACAGUUUCAUAUCAUGCGUUUUAGGCGAUAUAAAUACGCAGUUAUUGCCGAUGUCGUUAAAAUGUUUCGUCAGGUUUGCCUGCACCCAUCGCAGUGGAAUCUACAACGGAUAUUUUGGCGCGAACGGCCAAGUGAUCCAUUAACAGAAUACCAAAUAACAGUCGUGAUGUAUGGGUUAGCAUCAUCGCUAUACAAUGCCGUGAGAUCAAUGGUAGAAUGCGCAAACCAUUAUGCGAAAGAUUACCCGCAGGCAGCGGAAGUAAUACGAAAAUGUUUCUAUGUUGAUGAUGGAACUUUUGGCGAUGACACGAUCGCAGGCUUAAAAAUGCUGUGUAGAGAAGUGGAGUUUGUUCUUCGCCAAGGCGGCUUUGAACUAAGCAAAUGGGCAUCGAAUUGCAUCACUGUUGAAAAAUUUAUGCAAGGCGAUGAAAAGGACGUGGUCGAUAUAGGCGAAUCGAAUGAUGAAACCAAAGUUCUCGGUGUCCGCUGGCUCAAGGCAAAUGACCAGCUCACAAUUGUUGUACGGUUAACAACAGAACCGAAAUAUACGAAACGCGCUAUUUUGGGUGAGGUCGCCAGGCUGUAUGAUCCCAACGGCUACGUGACGCCAGUUUUAGUUGUUGCCAAAAUAUUAAUGCAAGAUAUUUGGAAAAUUGAGAGAUUAAAGUGGGAUGAGCCGGUCCCCGAUGGCAUUAAAAGCCGAUGGAACGAUUUUAGGCAAGAUUUACCGAAAUUAGGCGCGUUUCGGAUUCCGAGAUGGUUAGGCACAACCAAAGAUUGCGAACUACAAUUGCACGGUUUUGGCGAUGCCUGUAAAAAUGCGUACGGCGCAGCUAUUUACGCACGUGUUACAACAUUGAAAGGCGAAAUAAGAAGCAUUUUAUUGACUGGAAAAUCGAAAGUUGUUCCGAUUAAAAACAGGCCGACAAACCAGCAACAAGAAACGGUAGCACGAGUGGAUGCGGAAACGCCAAUUCAUCGAUUGGAAUUACUUGCAGCAGUGAUGUGUAGCAAGUUAAUGAGGCAGAUAGUGGAGAUAUGCGGUUUUGAUAAAGCAAAACAAUUUAUGUGGUCGGAUUCAAUGGUCACGCUACAUUGGAUAAAAAAAUCACCUCUUGAAUUGAAAGUGUACGUUUCGAAUAGAGUGAAGGCUAUUCACGAAGCCAUAGGCGAAGCUCGAUGGGCUCAUAUCGGAACAUCAGAAAACCCGGCCGAUUUGUUGAGCAGAGGCAUGAAGGCUGAUGAAUUGCUUGCGAGUAAGUUGUGGAAAAGAGGUCCCAACUGGUUGAUAGAGUCGCAAGCAGAAUGGCCGAAACCACGAAUGGUUAUUACACCUGAAGAGGCAGAGCAAAUAAAUCGUGAAACUAAGCAAAGGCAGGUUAUGGUUUCAGCGGUCAUGAUGACGUAUGUGUGUGAUCGGUUUUGUGAAUUAUGGCACAGAUCAAACGAUUGGAAGAAAAUCGUUCGUAUUACCGCUUACGUGCUUCGAUUCUUUCAUAACGUACGACUGAAGGAUCGAA